CGGUUUGCGCAUCUGAUGCCCGCUCUGCUGUGCGCGUCUCUUCCAAACAAAUAGGAAGUUGAAGUUACACCGUUGCAUCAUGGGAUGCAAAAUUCAAUGCCUUUACACUGUCGCGACUAUUACCACUAAAUGGAAAAAAUAGAGAAUCAUUAAAGAGAAAAUGCAGAAAUGUUGCAUCCUUACCAUUUCCGUUCGUCGUGAAUGACUGUUUCAAGUGACUGUUUGCAGCCAUUAUACAGAUGCAUGAAAGUGCUUCAGAAAUGUGGACCAUUCACGACCUGCUUUAAUUCGCAGCAAUUUGGAGCUUUUAAAGGAACGUCUCGGUGGAUGUGCAAAAUGAUGAACGCACCGGCUGCAGAAAGAAAUAAAGACCCGAUCCUUUCUGUUUUGAAAAGCAGAGUGAAAUCCGACAGACAUGGGAAUGCUUUGGAAAUAUCGUCAGGCACAGGUCAGCACGUCGUUCACUUUGCCAACGCGUUGCCAAAUAUUACAUGGCAACCAUCUGAAUUUGAUGGGCACUCCUUAUCGAGUAUAGAGGCGUAUAGACAGCAUUAUAGGCUGCCGAAUGUAAAGCCAGCCAUCUAUCUUGAUGCAUCACAGAGUUGGGAGAACUGGGCCGGAAUUCAACCAGAGUCAUGUGACCUCAUUGUCAACAUCAACAUGAUGCACAUCUCUCCUCUAGCAUGCACAAAGGGUUUGUUUAAUGGUGUUGGAAAGAUACUCAAGCCUCAAGGAUUGCUUCUUAUUUACGGGCCAUAUGCUGUCAAUGGAACAAUUUCUCCCCAGAGCAAUGUUGACUUUGACCACAGCUUAAGAUCAAGAAAUCCAGAGUGGGGUCUUAGAGAUAUAGGUUUCCUGACAUCGCUCAGCCAAGACAAUGGAUUGCGACUUGAGGAAAUUGUUGAUAUGCCUGCCAACAAUAAGUGCCUACUGUUUCGCAAGGACACCGUGGUUUGAUACAGUAUAUUUGCAUCGUAUCGCAUUGUAUAUGCAGUAGGACUCUGCAUUGUUUUAACUGUUCAGUGAUUAUACAUUAUAGGAUGGAACAGGAAUAAAUGUUAAGGUUGAAAACUAAAAAGGUCUUUCAACAUAUUUACAAAUGCAAUCGUAAAAUAAAUGGCAGUGUUGGCACGUGUGGUAGUAGAUGCUGAUAAAUUCCUGGUGGUCAUUACAGAACCAAAAAUAUAAAUUUCUCCUUAACAUGAUCUCUUAAGACUUUCUUAUCCAUUGAUGUGUGCAGGCUUUUAAAUGAAAUAAGCAUACUUACAAAAUACAAUUGACAAUAAAUUGGUUGGUUACAA